GAUUACUUUUAUGCUGCUUUUGUGUGCCUUUUGGAGCUUCAAAGUUCACUUGCAUUGUAUGGACCGGCAUAGCUAACCCUAUUCUUCUAAAAAUCUUUAUUUGUGCUCUGCAGAAGAAAGAAAGUCAUACACAUCUGGAAUGGCAUGAGGUUGAUUAAAUGAUAAGAGAAUUUUCAUUUUUGAGUGAACUAUUCCUUUAAACUUUUACUACAUACACGUUCUCUGGUGCUGUAGUACCAUUGUUAGCCAGCAGGUGGCCAUGGAACAUCAGCCCACAAUUUAAAUAAAAAAAGAAAUGUAAGGCUAUUUUAGAAUGACACUGGAAUAUGAGGCUUCAGUGUCUGUUAAUAAGCAUGAACAUAUUUAAUCUCUGUCUUUUAUUUACCCCUCAUGUAGCUGUGUCUGGAUCUCCAGCUCAGUCCAUCUCUGCGUCUGACCUCCUCAAACAACAAAAAGAACAGCACCAGCAGAGACUAAUGGCUCAGAAGAAGAGAGCAGGUGAUAUUCAGAAGAGUGCUCCAGAGUAGCGCAGGGCCUGCUGUUCCCUCUCAAUCGGCUAUAAAUGGGGGUCUCCUAAUUUCCCCAAAAGGACCCGCUGGUCCUAUGUCCCAUCUCUCAGGCCCACUGGUUCCCAUGCUGGAGCAUGGCUUUUCAGAAGGGGAGGAUAUUCUCCUCGAUCAGUCCCCGCCUUCAUCAAAGAGCCAAUCAGCUGCAAAGUGUGCAGCUGUGAGGAAACUGCAAGCAAAAGGCUCAGUCAUUACUAAAGAUGACCCGAAUGCUGUAAAACGCAAGCGAGCCAACAGCGACGACAACGCAGAGAGACUGGCGCGAAAUCUGUGCACACCUAGCGGAACGGAUGAAAAUUCAACUGGUGAGGAGGAGGAGCCAGCUCUGAAGAAGAGGCGGGCACAGCUAGAGUACAUCCAAUCAGUGGAGUUUCAGUGCAUCCUCAGCGCCAAAUCCUCAAACUCGUGGAUGAUGCGAGAGAUCGAGGAGAGGUCCAUGGAAGUGUAUUUUGAACUGCUGGUGCAAGAGGAAAAGAUGGAGGGGAAGAUGAAGAGUGAAAGGGAGAUUAAAUGUCGGGCUGUCACCUGCAAAACCUUCCCACUACUUAGUAGGUCCUCGUGGUGGCACGGUUACUCACCUCAAUCCGGGUGGCCGAGGACAAGUUUCAAUUGCCUCCACUUCUGAGGCCAUCAAUCAGCGCAUCUUAUCACGUGGCUCACUGUGCAUGACACCACGGAGACUCGCAGCAUGUGGAGGCUCAUGCUACUCUCCGGGAUCAACGCACAACUUACCACGCGCCCCAUUGAGAGCGGGAACCACUAAUCGCGACAACGUGGAGGUUACCCCAUGUGACACUACCCUCCCUAGCAACCGGGCCAAUUUGGUUGCUUAGGAGACCUGGCUGGAGUCACUCAGCACACUGUGUACUUCAUAAACUCCUAUUACCUGCAGUGUAUAUACACCCACUUUAAACCAGCCGACCGUUGCAUGGAAGAGAAACACGACUACCACUGGCACGAUGCCGUCAAAUGCUUCUUCAAAUGCUCCUGUGGUCAGAGGAAGAUCUGCCUGGCGCAUGCAGCCAGUGUGGUCUCUUCUAGUGGGAGAGAGACGGCAUGUUAAAGGAGAAAAAGGGACCCAAAAUUGGUGGUGAACUGCUGUUGCCACAUGGAAAGGAACAGCCUAAAUUCCUUAACAGUCUAAAGUAGCAGCAGUUUCCCUUGUGUGCAGCCUGAUCUUGAGGAAUCCAAACACAGAUCUGUGAAGACUCUCAUAAUAUAUACAGUGAAAUUUCUUUGUUUUCACAUAUCCCAUCUAAGCUGGGGUCAGGGUGCAGGGUCAGCCAUGAUACGGCACCCCUGGAGCAGAUAGGGUCAAGGGCCAACAGUGGCACCUUGGCGGUGUUGGGGCUUGAACCCCCGACCUUCUGGUCAGUAACCCAGAGCCUUUAACCGCUGAGCUACCACUAAUGAUGUCUCUAUAAGUAUAUAGGUGUCAGCUUUGGAUUGCAACAAGACCUUGAAUCACUGAAUGUUAAAUAUGAUUUUUCUUUUACUAGUUUAUUAUGUGUCUGGUGUCUAUGUGUGUUGUUUUAACUUGAAGCCUUUUUAAAAUGUAAAUAUUCUUAUGUACUCUUCCUGUUUUAGGCAUGCCUGAAUUAAACAAU